AUGGAAAGUUGGCCUGCGUGUUGCUCGUACCAUAGGAAUUUAAACGGGGAUAUAGGUAUAAGAACACGGAGACGGGGAGUCGUUCGCGGUAGUGUGAGGCAUAAACGCGCCGGCACCACUCCCAGCGUGACCACCAUUGCGACACAGGACACAGGAUACGGCCAUGCGCGUCGCGGUGAUCUUGUUGGCGUGCAUCACUGCGCUGGCUUCGGCCCAAUUUAACCAAGAUGACAAUUUACCACCAAAAGGACCACCCCUACGAUCAGCUCGUUUCCAAAAGUUGCCAUCUGCUCGACCAGCACUUCCAACACAGGCUGCACUUGCGAAUCAACGAAUUCGCCGUCCAAUUACUUUUAGACCAAAAGGGCCCGAGGAUUCUAUCGGGACAGGUCCAGGCUUCACGGCGAUCAGAUCAUUCCGACCAAGUCUACCCACAGGACCGGCGCCACUUCCUCAACAGAUCAAACCAGUAAAUGAGGAGCCAGACGAGGAAAUCCGGAAUCGUGAAUUGCCUAGAGAUCACGAUCAUCAAGAUGACGAUGCCGACUUAAGCGACGAGCCGCUCGACAGCCAGGAGGAAAGCGAAGAAAACGUACCAUCACGUGGCGUUUCAAAUCUCGGCUCUGUGGCAAAAACGUCCGCUAUAAUUGGCCCAACGGUACAACCGGUGCAAUACCGUCCUCUCUCAGGAAAUCCAAGUGGCAGAGGAAGUAUAAUACCAACAGCGCCAGCGCCAGUUCAGUAUCGACCAACAGCAAAACCGAACAAACUAAGGAAACCGAUAGAAGAGCCAUUUAAGCAACAGGUUAAACCAUCUACAAAAUCAGUAAAUCCAUCUCAACCUUACGACACUCGCGGAAAGAAGCCUGUUGCGCAGAUUAUCAGAAGAUAUCGCAAUGAUAAUCCGGACGGUUCGAUCACCUGGGGUUUCGAGAACGACGACGGAUCAUACAAGGAAGAAAUAAUCGGCGUCGAUUGUAUCACUAGAGGUAAAUACGGCUACAUCGAUCCCGAUGGUAUUCGUCGAGAAUAUACGUACGAGACUGGCAUCAAAUGCGACGAGGAACAACGAGAAGAAGACGAGAACGGUUUCGUUGAUUACCAAGAGAACAAACUGGUACUACCCGAUGGUAAAACUAUCGACCUAUCGAGUAUGGGUAAAAAACAAGCUCGUAGACCUCGUUACCGUUAGUAAUCAUAUCAUUUUAUAUAAUAUAUCUUCUUUUAUUCCAUUUCGAACGAUCGAAACAUUGAUCAUUAGAAUUUGGGAAAGAAAAAAAAUUCUCGUGAAAUCCUCCUCUCAUAAUUCCUCACUUUUGAAAUAUUUAUACCAUUUUACUUCGAGUACUGGAAAAGAAAGAGCUUUAUUAAGUAAAAUGUAAGUAACAUAAAAUAACAACUUAAAUUACUAAUCAUUACAGAUUAUAAGUUAGAACAUUACAGUUGGUGA